AUGAGCUACCGAAGCAAGACUGCCAGCUUCGUAGCCAUCUUGGCCUCCGCUGCAACGGUUGCUGCCCACGGUCACGUCACUAACAUCGUUAUCAACGGCGUUUCUUACCGCAACUACAUCCCCGUGCAAGAUCCGUAUACCAACAACCCGCCGCUCGUGGCCGGAUGGACAACUGACCAACGCGACAACGGGUUCGUCGCCCCGGAUGCCUACAACGCUCCUGAUAUCAUCUGCCACCGACAGGCCGUCGCUGGGAAGGGCCGCAUCACGGUGGCCGCCGGCGACACCGUCCAGCUCCAGUGGACCGAGUGGCCGGACAGUCACAAGGGCCCCGUCAUCGACUGGCUCGCCAACUGCAACGGCCCGUGUAACCUUGUCGACAAGACGGACCUGCGGUUCUUCAAGAUCGACGGCGCCGGCCUGAUCGAUCCGCCCCAGCGCACCAAUCGCUGGGCGGCCACCGCUCUCAUCGAGAACGGCAACGCCUGGCUCGUGCGGAUCCCGGCCAACGUCGCCCCCGGCCACUACGUUCUCCGUCACGACAUCAUAGCCCUCCACAGCGCCGGCCAGCAGAACGGUGCGCAGAGCUACCCGCAGUGCAUCAACUUGGAGAUCACGGGCGAGGGCACGGACAACCCCCCGGGCGUUCUCGGCACUGCUCUCUACAGGGCCAACGAUGCUGGCAUCCUAUACAACAUCUACCGCGAUAAUCUCAAUGACUAUGUCGUCCCGGGGGACGCCAUCAUACCUGGCGGUGUCUCCAUGCUCCCGCAGUCUCGGAUUCAGAUUACUGCCUCUGGAAGUGCUACCCCUUACGGAACGACCAGUGUCGGAUCCUCGUCUAGCACCCGUAUCGCUCCCUCAAGUGUAACGUCUGCCGCCACCUCGUCUUCUAGCAGAGAGAGCGCAUCAUCUGUAGAAGCCGAGGCCAGUACUAUCAGUACAACCAUCCGGUUGACCAGGACCAUCACCGCCACUCACACCAACAGCACAAGCAACAACAUCCCGCCCAGCAGCACCGCAGCACCCACCCGGACCUUGGCACCCACAACACUCCAGACCCAGACAACCACGGCACCUCCCUCUGGUGAGCCAACGCAGAAAAUGUACGGCCAGUGCGGCGGCGUAGCCUACAUGGGCCCUACCCAGUGCCCAGCGUACGCCACCUGCUCCACGGUGAACCCGUACUACGCGCAGUGCACCCCCCUCCCGGUUCCGCCGGGUGUGCAACCUCUCUAUGGCCAGUGCGGCGGUCUGAAUUGGCCGCCGGAGAGUCCGACUGAAUGCGUCCCCGGGGCUCGAUGCUCUACGAUAAACCCUUACUACGCUCAAUGCACUCCCGCGUAA